AUGUCGCAUCCACCCCAAGGCCAGGGCAAUGGCCCUCCAAGCGCUGGAAUAGGCAUGCCAAACCAGCAGAGCGGGCAGGCGCAGGCUUCCGCAGGUGGGGGAGGAGGUGGCAACAUGUCCUCGCAGAAUCUGAAUCAAAUUGUCAUCGAAUAUCUCCUGAAAAAGGGGUACAACAAAACUGAGCAGACGCUAAGGAUGGAGUCUUCAAACUUGGACAAGGAUGGGCGACCUAUACACGAGCGGGCUGAAGACUAUGGGACCGCUAAGUACGCUCGCGCCUUCAAUCUCCUCAGUAACUGGAUAGAAUCGAGUCUUGAUGUAUACAAGUUCGAGUUGAGCCGGCUUCUGUGGCCCAUGUUUCUUUACUCAUUCUUCGACAUCGUCCUCAGCGGUGACACAACAGAGGCUAUGAAUUUUCUCAAAGACUUCGGUCCACAAUUCGAAUACGCCCACGCCGAAGAGCUUCAGGCAUUUGAAAAAAUCAAAGAGGCACAGCAUGUGUUCGACAGUCCGAUCGCUAAGCUCUACCGAGGGUCAAAGUACCGUCUACCACUCAACACCCAUUCAUAUUUCCACCUUACAACCUUUCUCGAGGGUAGCGCCAAGGAAGGAGGAAGCGUCAUCAUUUUCUUGCUUUCAGCAUACUGCGAGAUACGAGAAACCGAGCGUGGACCCAUCAACCAAUACAGUUUUGAGGCCAUCAUCAAUCAUGGAAGAGGGGUGAAGACGGAAGAAGCCGAUCUCCAAGAGGGCGUAGUUGGCGCAUUCACAGGUGUCUUGAAUAGAGAUAUAAUGGACAAUAACGCUGCACUUCGGCUUGGCCAGAUGCCUAUGGAAGCAGAAUUGGCACUGGACGUUCGAGCCGAGCUUGAGGACGAAGAUGCGAGGAACCCAGCGCCGCUAGGGAAAAAUACACUUGUGGAGGAGUUUGAACAAAACAUCAAACGCGAGGACAGUGCUGACGGUCCAACACGCAAUGAAAUUCCUUUGCCACCAUCACGCGCCAGAGACGUGGUUAUGGAGGUCCAGAAGAUCAAAGAGAACAGAGAUCGAUUCCGCAUUGAUGCGCGAAGCAGCGGAGUUGGUCCCGGAGUCUCUGUCUGCAUGUUUACCUUUCAUAAUACCCUUGAUACUAUCACGUGCAUAGAAUUCUCUGAUGACACCAACCUCGUCGCCGUCGGAACCGAGGAGUCCUAUGUCCGGGUUUGGCAUCUUCAUGGCGACCCCCUUCCUUCCAUUGUAGCUUCUGCCUCAAACGACGCCCCUCCAUCAAGCUCACGUCGUCUGAUUGGACAUUCAGCUCCAGUCUACAGCGUCAGCUUCUCACCUUCUAUUUCUGGACCCGAAAACGCUAACAAUCUCACACCUUCGACCGCCCCAAAACUACUCCUCUCCUCGUCAUCUGACAAAACCAUCCGCCUCUGGUCUCUUGAAGCUUGGACAUGCCUCGUCGUAUACAAAGGCCAUGAGGGACCAGUAUGGAAUGUUAAGUGGGGCCCCUUCGGUCAUUAUUUUGCGACCUGUGGCUGGGACAAGACUGUUCGAGUCUGGGGCCAGGAUCACAUCACAUAUCUUCGUCUGAUGGUUGGUCAUGAUUCCAAUGUCAACCAGAUCGCCUGGCAUCCCAACGGCGCGUACGUCUUCUCUGCAAGCGAUCAAGUAGAUAAGACCAUUCGCAUGUGGGCCUUCACGACCGGAGAAUGUGUUCGAGUCUUUACCGGCCACAACGCAUUCAUCAGCGCGCUCGAGUGCAGUCCUAGUGGUAAGAUUCUAGCAUCUGCUGAUGGUGAUGGAAAUAUCAUUCUCUGGGAUCUUCAAAAGGGCACACAAAUCAAGAAAUGCAGAGGUCACGGGAAGGGUGGGAUAUGGUCUCUCUCCUUCAGCGUCGAGUCUACAGUACUUGUCUCUGGAGGAGCCGAUGGCAGCGUCCGAAUCUGGGACGUCGAGGUUCCCAUAGAACCACAGAAACCCGAGGGGGAGGUCAUUGGCACCGGUGGGCAGGCUGAUGCAACCCGUAUCAAUGGUACUGUUGUAGGUGCGCCGUCAAUUGCGGCCGCAGUUGCUGGGGGAAAGAAGAAGGGCAAGGAGACGAUGAUCACUGCUGAUCAGAUCAGUAACUUCCCUACGAAGAAGAGCCCAGUCUACAAAGUGAAGUUCACGAGGAUGAAUCUGGUUAUGGCUGGUGGUUGCUACUUACCUUAG